UCCAUCCAUUUCCCGUGGGAUGAACAAGUUCUUUGACUUGGCGCUUCGGUCACGUCAGUCCGUUUAUUCAGCCUUUCCCUAACCUCGACUAGUACUGGAAAACUGCUUUGAACAACGCGAUUCUGUUGUGACGAGACUGCGAUCUCAGCUUGCGAGACUUUAGAUGACGAGAGAUAUUGGCUGAUGCUCAACCCACUGUCAACUUCGGAAUCAAGCUCUUUUUAUCACUGGUUUAUUCUCGAAUCCAAACUCCGUCCUACCAGCGAAAGGCCUCUUCUACUGGGACCGACUCCCUCGAACUCACCUCUUACCAUUUUCUAAGCCGCGUUGAGCAGCCUGCCAGGGCUUUCAAGCUCUAGCGGCGCAGAUGUAUGUCCGCUACUCUGGCGGAUCCGUAUCGUGACUAUGCGAUUGAGUACUCUCAACAUGCCACCUGCAAGCCCGAGCAACAGGAAAGCACGCUUGUUUAUCACACGCCACAGCCGCACCUCCACCAUCACAAACAGGCCGAACCCCCCUUCUCGCAACCGCAUUCUCACAGCAGCGCAGCAUUCUCACAGCAUCAUGCAAGCGCGACCGUCCUUCCAACGGCGACCCCUCAGCCAUCAGUGCAUGAUAUGCCACAGACCGUUGUCCUUGGCCAUACGCCGAUGCUCCCACGGCAACUUCCCGUCCAGUAUCCCCCACCCAGCUUCGAAAUCCCUCCACUCCACCGUGGCAAGAAACGGCCUCAUUCAGAGACAGAAGGAGAUGAAACAGACCAUGGCCUUAGACCUCAGUUAUCGGUCCUUCCCGCAGACGGGCCGGCCGAGCAUGGUCACUCGCCGGAGAUGCUCUUCUCUGUCCACGGGGCACCGUCCCAACCGCCUCCGAUGCCAGGGCACGGCUUUGGGCACGCAGAGUCAGUUGGGCUGCCGCAACACCACCACCACCAUCGCCUCCCGCCCCAUGCGGCGCUACGGACCCCUGGGCGCCAUGGUAUGAAUGUGGAAGCCUCGCCUAUGCCGUCGGGUCCUCCGAGUGUUGUAGGCCAGCCCGGGAUGCCUGAACCGGCUCCCCGGCCUCGAGGCCCCAAACUAAAGUUCACACCGGAGGAAGAUGCUCUGUUAGUGGAAUUAAAAGAAAACAAAAACCUAACUUGGAAGCAAAUUGCGGACUUCUUUCCAGGCCGGACGAGUGGUACCUUACAGGUUCGAUACUGCACCAAGUUGAAAGCGAAGGACGUCACCUGGAGCGAUGAAAUGGUCCAAAGACUGCAGCGUGCCCUUCAAGAAUACGAGAACGAUCGGUGGCGUAUCAUCGCAGGGAAGGUUGGCAAUGGCUUCACACCAGCCGCUUGUCGCGAGAAAGCGACGCAACUUCAAUGACUGUCAUUUGAACAUAAUCUCACUACGUCCCAUUA